GGUCGGUCGGGGAGAGAUAACUUUCGGUCGUGGCUCUCCUGAGCUCAUUGGUCCCUGCAAAGUUCAACCCAGUAGUACUCAGGACUUCCUGCAGAAACUGAUCCAGUCAUGUCCAAGGCAAAGGAAACCGGCGCUUCCAUCAUGCAUACUCAGCAGAUGCAUGCUGCCAUGGCUGACACACACCUUGAGCACAUGUGCCUGCUGGACAUCGACUCUAAGCCCGCAGUGUCUCGCAAUACAGGCAUCAUCUGCACAAUCGGACCUGCCUCCCGUGCUGUGGAUUUUCUCAAGGAAAUGAUCAAAUCUGGGAUGAACAUUGCAAGAAUGAAUUUUUCUCACGGCACACAUGAGUACCAUGCUGAGACCAUCAAGAAUGCCCGUGAGGCAACUGAGAGCUUUGGACCCGGCUCUAUUGAUUACAGACCAGUUGCCAUUGCUCUGGACACCAAGGGACCAGAAAUCAGGACUGGACUUAUUAAGGGCAGCGGCACUGCUGAGGUUGAGCUCAAGAAGGGGGAGACAAUCAAGCUCACCUUGGAUGACCAGUACAAGGAUAACUGCGAUGAAAAGCAUCUGUGGCUUGAUUACAAAAACAUCACCAAGGUUGUAGAAAUUGGGAGCCAUGUCUACAUUGAUGAUGGUCUCAUGUCCCUCAAGGUCAAGGAAAUUGGCAGCAACUUCCUGGUGUGUGAGAUUGAAAAUGGCGGUAUGUUGGGCAGCAAGAAGGGUGUCAACCUGCCCGGAGCCGCUGUUGACCUCCCUGCUGUGUCAGAGAAGGACAUCCAGGACCUGCAGUUCGGUGUUGAGCAGGGCGUUGAUAUGGUCUUCGCCUCUUUCAUUCGUAAGGCUGCUGAUGUGCACGCUGUCAGGAAGGUGCUGGGUGAGAAGGGCAAGAACAUCAAGAUCAUCAGCAAGCUUGAGAACCACGAGGGUGUGCGCAGAUUUGAUGAGAUCCUGGAGGCCAGUGAUGGUAUUAUGGUCGCCCGUGGUGACCUGGGUAUUGAGAUCCCAACAGAGAAGGUCUUUAUUGCACAGAAGAUGAUGACUGGGCGUUGCAACAGGAUUGGCAAGCCCAUUACCUGCGCUACACAGAUGUUGGAGAGCAUGAUCAAGAAGCCUCGUCCCACCCGUGCUGAGGCCAGUGAUGUUGCCAAUGCUGUGCUGGACGGCAAUGACUGUAUCAUGCUUAGUGGUGAGACCGCCAAGGGCGACUAUCCCCUGCAGGCAGUGCGCACACAGCACAUGAUUGCCCGUGAGGCUGAGGCAGCAAUGUACCACAGGCAAAUGUUCGAGGAGCUGCGUCGCACCACCCACCUGACCCGUGACCCCACUGAGUCUGUUGCCAUUGGUGCAGUGGAGGCCUCCUUCAAGUGUUGUGCCAGUGCCAUCAUCGUGCUCACCAAGACUGGCAGGUCCGCUCACCUUCUGUCAAGAUACAGGCCCCGUGCCCCCAUUAUUGCUGUGACCCGCUGUGGGCAGAGUGCCCGCCAGUGCCAUCUAUACCGCGGCAUCUACCCCGUCCUCUACACCAAGCCUGCCAAUGAUGUCUGGGCAGAGGAUGUUGACCUGCGUGUGAACUUUGCCUUGGAAGUUGGCAAACACCACAAGUUCUUCAAGGCCGGUGAUGUUAUUAUUGUUGUGACCGGCUGGCGUCCAGGCUCUGGUUACACCAAUACCAUGCGUGUUGUGCUUGUGCCCUGAAUACCAUCAAAGGACAUUAGUACACCCCCCCCCGCAACCCCCUCCCAUAACCUCCCUCCACCACUAGGGGUCAUGUGUCAUCGUAUCCCCACAAGACUUUUCCCAACAGCCACUAAAGUAACACAACGCGAGGCCAUUCUUCAAAGGACUUUGGGCUGUGUUCAUACAGGCAGUAAGUCUUGGUACUCCUUAAUUCCUGUCAACCAGCUGUGUCAUUUGUUCGCCAUCUCAUCCUGUCCACCUUCUGCGUUGCAUCCGGCGGCACUUACCUAAAAAGUCUUCAACGCAAACUCCUCUGUCACAUGAUUUCACCAUGUUGCCAUGUGCCAAAGCAGGCAGAAUUCAGUUGAUGAACAAUGUGGAGUCCAAUGCAUCUACACAUUUCUUGUAAUCAUAUGACUGCCACAUAAGUACAUUCAAAGAACACAUUCUCAGCUGUUUGUUCACUGGGAGUUUGAGUAACCGGGAUGAAAGAUUAUUGCUUUGCACUGUAAUGAAUGACAUGUAAUACGUUUGGUAUAAAGUUUCCUUCUAGACUGCAUAA